UUGAUAAAUAUUUGAAGCUUCGUCGGGAUAGAGUUUCUUCUUUUUUUAUUUAAAGAGCAUUAACUUGCGUGGAUGAGUGUAUGCGCGUACUCGUGCGUAUGUGUGUUGUAAAACGUUUUUUAUAAUUAUAAAGAAACAGAGAAAGAUAAAUUUUCCUACUCAAAGAGAAUGGAAGCGGAACCAUUAGAAGAUGGUGAAAUCAUCGAUGAGCCCAGCGAUGUUUUUGAAACUUAUAAAAUUUUACAAAGACCUCACAUAAAGCAGAUACCUGUCACAGACACAUGUACAAAAAUGAGAUACAGUGAUGAAUCUGAUCACUCUGCAGAUUCUGAAAGUGAUUCUGACUCGGAUUCCAUACAGACUAAUGUUAAAAAACCAAAACUUAAAUUGAAAAAGAAUAAGCAUUUGUGGAAGGAUUUGCCAACCAAAAAUGAUAAAUACAAAGUAUGGUGUACUCAAAUGCAGGAAGAAUCUUUGACCGAAGAUUUAACGUCAUGUGGUGUUACUAAAAAGUUGUAUCAAGAACGUAAUGUUGAAAGUUACAAUUUUACUCUACGAUACGCAGAAAAUGGCAGGGAACCUCGUAAUAAUAAUAGUUCUGACGAAGAAAAGGAUAUCGAACGUAGAUUAACUAAUAAAAGAACAAAUUCAGACCGACGUGAUGUAAAAUUUAGAUUAGGAAAAAGGAGAAACUCCAUGGAUAAUCAAAAAGGUUCGGUUAGAAUAAUAGCAGAUUUGUCUACAACUGUGGAUUCAACAGAAGCCGACGUCGCUACUGACAUAACCAAUAAGCUCAGCGAAAGGAAAGAACUUCUCAUAAAACGAGUGGUGGAUAUAAUUGGUAAACAGAAAGCUAUUGAUUUUUUCCAAAAAACAAAGAAGAUCGAAGAAGAUGGUGGAAUGUUAAUAAUGAAUGGAUCUCGUAGAAGGACUGCUGGUGGAGUAUACUUUUGGUUGGUGAAAAAUGACAAACAUAUUCCUCAAGAAAAAAUAAGGGAGAUAUUUUAUUAUGACCAAAAAGAGACCAGCGAACAAAGAAGGAAAACUGGUGAUUCAGGACGACAGAAGAGGGAACAGGAAUUAAUGAGAAGUUUUAAAGAUGGAUCUGAAAAGGAUUUACCAGCUUUAUUAACAAGAGCGGAACUCUCGACGAGACAAAUCGCAGAAGAAGCAAGACUGCGACGUGGCGAAGGCAUGGACAGAAUGCCAGUAGAUUCCGAUCGCACCGUAUCAAAUCCACCACCCAGUCCUGUAACGGAUGAUCCAGAUCAUUCUGAACAUCCAUUGGUACAAAGACAGGUUCAAGAUUAUAACGAUGAUUUUCUCGAUAUUGGAGUGGACAUAGAUAGCAUGGAAGUACUCUAAGAUUACAUACUUGAUCUUGCGUUUGCACAUACCUUAACAAUGAUUUGUACAAAUAAAUGUUUGUAACCCCAAUCGCAUGAAGAAUACAUAUGUGUAUAAUUUGUAUAUAUUUAUCACAUAUAUUCUAUAUCAACCUGAUUUCGUCCAUUGCUGGAUAUCUGCCUCUUUCAAUCUUUUCUAUUCUACAUGGUUUUUGAAAGAAGGGAGUUUGGCAUUAAAGGCGUGUUACCAUGUGUGUUGACGAGUAUGUACAUACAUAUUUCCAUUGAUAUUGAUCUACAACUUUUUUAACGCCGAAUCCAAACAGCAAAGAUACUCUCGGAGGUUUGCCAUUGCUUUUCGAGAAGUGGCAAUCAAAUAAAAU